UCCUCGUUGUUUGUUCUAGUGGGAGCUGGGCAAACUGUAGGACUGUGAUUAAUUAGCGGCGGUGGUUCCAUCUGAGGUGAACGACAAAGCGUUGUUGUCCGUAAUCUCGCUGCACUUUAACUGGGUGUUGUGCUGUGUCUGUCAGUACUGUUCCUCCUCCGAGCUGAGCCGUUCCAUAAAAGCUCCUUGUUCUUGGCCAGUGCUACUCCAGCGCCGCGAAGGUGACAGAGCAAAGAUGAAGCUUUUAUUUUUAAGCAUCUUCAGCCUGUUUGUUUUAACAUCCUUUGACCAAGCCGACUCAUCUUACUAUGACAAAAUAUUGAUGCAUAGUCGUAUAAGAGCAAAGAAAAAGGGACCUAAUAUGUGCGCCCUUCAGCAAGUGUCCGGCACUAAAAAGAAGUACUUCAGCACUUGCAGAAACUGGUAUCGCAAGUCCAUCUGCGGCAGGAAAACGAUCACCCUGUAUGAAUGCUGCCCAGGAUACAUGACUCUUGAAGGACUAAAUGGGUGCCCUGCAGCUGCCCCUAUUGAUCACGUCUACGGUACUUUGAGCAUUGUGGGUGCCACAGAAACAAAGACUUAUGCAGAUAGAUCCGAACUGAAAAAAGAGAUUGAAGGAGCAGGAACUUACACAUUGUUUGCACCAAGUAACGAUGCCUGGAAUUCGCUGGAAUUUGAGAUACGUGACGCACUGCUAAGCAAUGUGAAUAUUGAACUCCUCAAUGCUUUACACUACCACAUGGUGAAUUACCGCUUAUUAACUAAGAAUAUGAAGAAUGGAAUGACCGUGACCUCAAUGUACAAUGACCUCGGGAUUCUCGUCAAUCAUUAUCCAAAUGGGGUUGUUACAGUGAACUGUGCCAGAAUAAUUUAUGCAAAUCAAAUUGCAACUAAUGGCAUCGUACAUGUAAUUGACCGAGUUAUUAGGUCGGUCACUAAUACCCUAGAAGAAGUCAUUGAAAAUACUGACGAGCUUCGAACUUUUAGGACUGCUGUAGCUGAUUCAGGGUUGUUUGAAACCCUUAGCAAAAGUGGCUAUUACACAAUCUUUGCUCCAACCAAUGAAGCCUUUGACAAGCUUCCACAAGAAGUUCUAGAACGCAUUACGAAAGACCCCGUGGCACUGCAAGCUCUAAUAAAUUACCACAUUCUUGACUCAGUCCAGUGUUCAGAAGCUAUCAUGUAUGGGUCAUCAUACACAACCUUGGAAGGAUCGAAUAUAGAGAUUGGAUGUGAGGGUGAUAGUCUGACUAUUAAUGGACAUCGGAUGGUAAAUCGUAAAGACAUUGUGACAACCAAUGGUGUGAUCCACUUAAUUGAUGAAGUGCUGAUUCCCGAUGCAGCUAAGCAGGUUCUUGAAUUGACAAGCAGCAAGCAAUCAAUAUUCCAUGACUUUCUGAUAAAAACUGGAAUUUCUGCUGCUUUCACUAAAGGAGUCUACACCUUAUUUGUUCCUUUCAAUGAAGCCUUCACUGAGGAAAUUAGGAGCUAUGAACAGCGAUAUCUGAAAAAGAUCCUACAAAAUCAUAUUCUGAAAACAAAAGUGGUCCUCAAUGAGUUGUACGAUGGACAAACACUAAGGACAAUUGGAGGGAAUUACCUCAGAGUUUUUGUCUACCGCACUGCAGUUUGCAUCGAGAAUUCUUGCAUGUACCGCGGCAGUAGGGAAGGAAGAAAUGGCGUAUUGCACUCAAUAAAAACGGUCAUUAUUCCUGCACAGAAGUCAAUUGUGAAAAUUCUGAGAGAGGAUCCUCGCUUUAGCAUUUUCCUGCGUCUCGUAGACGCUGUCGGGUUGACUGAAGUAUUCAAGGAAGGAGGAGAUUGGACGGUAUUCGUUCCAACCAAUGAGGCAUUUGCCAGCCUUUCAGAACAUGAGAUAAAUGAAUUGAUAAGAGACAAAAAUGCUCUCGAGCAGAUCAUAUCUUAUCACUUCCUGAAAGGAGUUUACAUUGGAGGAGGCAUUGAAACUGGAGUCACAAAUGUGAUGAAGUCAUGGCAGGGCAGCACAGUCAUGGUGAAACUGCUGAACAACACACUGACGGUGAAUGGCAUGAAGACCAAGCAAUCCGAUCUUAUGGCCAAUAAUGGUGUUAUUCAUGUAGUCAACACUUUACUCUUUCCAAAAGAUCUGCCUGUUACAAGUAACAAUUUGAAGACAAUUCUCUCAAAACUAAUCAGGACUAUAGAGAUACAGUUUGUCCCAAGUUAUACCUACACCAGGAUCGAUCUGCCCAUUGUCACUCGUGUUAUUAAGGUCAUACAACCAGAUAUCACAGAGAUUGGAUCAAGCUUAACCAGAGAAGUGAUUCCGUAUGAAACUAAGGUCACAGAAAUUACAAGAGUUGUUACAUCUAAACCAGAAAUAAAAGUAUUUAGUGGAAAGGUCAUUCAAAGCGGAACGAGUGAUGCUGAUGCUAUGGCCCUUUCCAAACUUAUUGAAGGAGGAACACAGUACAGCAAGGUCACCAAGAUAAUAGAGGGUGAUCACAAAAUACUUGAGGAUGAAGAAGUCAAAAAACUCCUUCACGGAGUGUCAGGAAGGACUGAACAUACUGUGAGACUGGUUUCAGCGUUAAGAGGGGCAAGGAGUGCAAUGAAGAGGAUCCCAAAAAAGAAGUUACAGGGUUAAAGAAGAAAUGAAAUUUUUGCUUUGAAAACGAAGGACAUCCAACCAAAGAAGAAGAUCAUAAGUUUGAGGCUUAGCCUAUAACAACCUCAGAUGAGAAGAAUGUCAAGUUUUGCACAUGUCACAAAAUUCCCAUCAGAUUCACAUGAAUGUUGAAUAACAAAAACAAAUAUAUGAAAUUAUCAAUUUCCCUGUGUUUUGCAAUUAUAUUAUGGUAUGUUUUAGAAAUAAAAUUGGUUAGGUUCUAGAGGCUUUUCAUUGGAACUAUUGGAAAAUUAAAUCAGGGAUAUUCGAAAAUGUAAAAUGUGUAAUUUACUAAAUAGUGAUGUUUUUGUAACACCUCCAGUUAAUAGCAGUCAUUUUCUUCUGUCAAUUAAAAUGUGUCCUAUCUGAAAAAGUCAUAUCUUCCAGUUUUAACAGUGGUAGGAUAUUCAUAAGCAUGGCAGGAAUCUGAACAAGAACAUAUCGAAAGUUUGUUUUUCUCAUAUAUUUGUUUCCACUUUUGAAGCCGGGCUUAAUAAGAGCAGAUAGGAAACUAGCUAAUGUAUUGAAACCGAUAUCCUGCAAAUGUAAGUUUCAAAGCUAAUGUCAUUGCUUGCUCUAGUGUAUCUAAGGGUUAUUUCUGACAUGCAUUUUGUAUUAAGGCAUAAAAAGCUUUGCAAUUCACAAACACAGAUUCAGAUUGUCUGUACUUUUAUAAAUUGAAUUGAAUUAAUAUUUUUUCAAACUUUUUCUAUAAAAGUUCUGUAUCAAUGAAAACUUGUUCUUUCUUUCCUGCAUUUUGCAGAUUGAAUCCUGCCAUGAUGCCACUUUAGAAAACCAUCUUAAAAAUGGCUAAAAAUUUACAGAAAAUAUGCUGAAAUUGGUGCUUUCUUUUGUACUUUCUUUUAGAAACAAUUAUUCAUUAAAGAAUAUUUCCUCAUG